AUGGAUUUACUUCAAGAAAUAGAUGACAAACAUUGUAAAAUUUUAUUUGGAGAACCUAUAGGAUAUAAAUAUUGGUUGAUAAAUCAUGGAGUUGAAGAUAUUAAUGCUAGAGCUAUUGAAUAG